AUUUAUAAACCUAAAGAUAACAAAGUAUAAAACUGUGUCAGUGUCUUCACUUUACAAAGGAAACCCUUUCUGAAUAAUUUGCCAUGUCUCUGAAAAUGUUUCAAAUUUUGGUGUCUGCUCUGCUGUUUACAGCUUCUGUUUCAGGUGUCCUUGGAGCACCUUUUCUGACAGAAGAAUCAGCAAAUCAAUUUUUACGACUUAAACGGCACAUACUAUAUUCUCAGAGCUCCUGGGACCCAAGCAGCAGCCAGAAUUCAUGGGCAGACACUGUGGCUGAACAGAUUAGUGAAUCAUGGGCAGCUUUGAGAGACACAGCACAGUACUACAUGGACUUGGACCCUCUCGCCUUCAAACCUUCGAUAUCCAUUGACAACAUCCCAUCUUACGUGGACCUGCUACAGCAGUCUGGGAUUCACCUCCAUCAACAGACAAGGGCAAGCUAUUAAAUCCUACAUGUCUUGUAUCUGGCCAUGUUAGGAUAUGGCAUGUUAUGUAUUUGCCAUUAUGUAUUUGAUAAGACGACUUUAUCUCACCCAACUGUCUAAACCCAAAAUUAAUACACUAAUUCUCUGCAUAAAUACUACAUAUUUUAUAUUCAUAAGUAGAACUAAGAUCUAACUCAUGGUAAAUUGAAUAAGAAGCUUAACAAAAACAAUCAUGAACUUUUAGCAGAUUGAGCUUAAAAAAAUACAGUGUUUUCAGGUAAAACAAUUUUUUUUGACUACACAAUUGUUCUGAAAUGUACAUUCCUGCUUCUGUGACUGAAAACCACAUUUUUAUUUCAUAACAUUUCCUUUAGCUACAUUUCUGAGAGGCAAGUAAGAAAUGAAAAUCAGUCAUUUUGGGUGGGUAAGAGAUGUGUGCUUCAUGUACAGUUCUGUACUUCAGGUGCAUUUCUGUUCUUUCAAGUACUGGGGGCAAAUUAAUAGUAGGAAGUGUAGUAUACAUCCAUUCAUGUCCAUGCUUUGCUUUCCUUAUUUAAACUUCUGUACCUGGUCUUGAAUUCCCAAACCAGCUGAAUCCACAGCUACUACUGUGAGCUGUUUUUUGUCUUACUCCUUGGAGUUAGGAAUUCGUGGAAACAUUCACUACUCCUUUUCUAAAAAAAAUGGUGAUGACAAAUGUUCUUUCUGCCAAGUUCUUGAGUUUGGAAUUUUCCUGGCUCCUAUUAAUUAUUGUACCUUAUUUAAGAACAUCUUUGAAUAAAGGAUUGGGCUGCCAUA